UGGGAAGCUCCCAGGAGAGAGCUCCCAGGCCCAGGGGCUGAGCGAGUUGAAAGCGCUUCCCUAAGAAGACAAUUGCCAGGGGCGCCGUGAGAUGAACACGGGUGGGGCGGGGGGAAGAGCAUUCCUGACAGAGAUUAGAAGUUGAUCACAGGGUAGUCCGCCGCUCCGCACCGGAAGAACACGUCGGCAGCAACUGGCGCUGUUGAGCCGGAAGGGGAAGUGCGUCUGCCGAAUGGCAUUGUGGGACUUGUAGUCCUGGGGCUUAGGGGGGGCCCCGAGAGCUGGGGCCUGCGGAGGCUCUGGUGUGGAGUAAGCGCAGGAAGUGGGCACGAGCAGGGUCGGCUCGCUGACAGAGCCAGCUGACCGUCGCUGUACAGCUCGCCAUGAGAGAAGCGGGCAGAGGGGGCGAAGGGCUGCACUACACUCCCCAGGAGUCUGUGCGCGGCGAUAGGUCACGUGACGCGAGCGCGGGCUUCUGAAGGCGGUGAAGCGAGAGGCGACCCGCGGCGGCGCUGAAGCGGGAGCGGUGCUGACCAAGCGCCAACGGCCGAGGCCUCGCGCCCCAGAGACCAGCCAGCCCUCCUCUGUUGCUAUGGGAAUUCAAGGCCUGGCCAAACUGAUUGCCGAUGUGGCCCCUGGUGCCAUCCGAGAGAAUGACAUCAAGAGCUACUUUGGCCGCAAGGUGGCCAUCGAUGCUUCCAUGAGCAUUUAUCAGUUCCUGAUUGCCGUGCGCCAGGGUGGAGACGUGCUGCAGAAUGAGGAGGGUGAGACCACCAGCCACCUGAUGGGCAUGUUCUACCGCACCAUCCGCAUGAUGGAGAACGGCAUCAAGCCCGUGUAUGUCUUCGACGGCAAGCCACCGCAGCUCAAGUCAGGGGAGCUGGCCAAACGCAGUGAGCGGCGGGCUGAGGCGGAGAAGCAGCUGCAGCAGGCUCAGGCUGCUGGGGCCGAGGAGGAAGUGGAAAAGUUUACUAAGCGGCUGGUGAAGGUCACCAAGCAACACAACGAUGAGUGCAAGCAUCUGCUGAGCCUCAUGGGCAUCCCAUUCCUCGACGCGCCCAGUGAGGCUGAAGCCAGCUGUGCUGCUCUGGUGAAGGCCGGCAAAGUCUAUGCCGCAGCCACGGAGGACAUGGAUUGCCUGACCUUCGGCAGCCCCGUGCUCAUGCGACACCUGACUGCCAGCGAGGCCAAGAAGCUGCCGAUCCAGGAAUUCCACCUGGGCCGGAUUCUGCAGGAUCUGGGCCUCAACCAGGAGCAGUUUGUGGAUCUGUGCAUCCUGCUGGGCAGUGACUACUGUGAGAGCAUUCGGGGCAUCGGGCCCAAGCGGGCCGUGGACCUCAUCCAGAAGCACAAGAGCAUUGAGGAGAUUGUGCGUCGACUCGACCCCAACAAGUACCCCGUGCCGGAAAACUGGCUCCACAAGGAGGCCCAGCAGCUCUUUCUGGACCCGGAGGUGCUCGACCCCGAGUCAGUAGAGCUGAAGUGGAGCGAGCCCAAUGAAGAAGAGCUCGUCAAGUUCAUGUGUGGUGAAAAGCAGUUCUCUGAGGAGCGCAUCCGCAGCGGGGUCAAGAGACUGAGCAAGAGCCGCCAGGGCAGCACCCAGGGCCGCCUGGAUGACUUCUUCAAGGUGACUGGCUCGCUUUCUUCAGCUAAGCGCAAGGAGCCAGAAUCCAAGGGACCCAAUAAGAAGAAGGCAAAGACUGGGGCAGCAGGGAAGUUCAAAAGGGGGAAAUAAAUGAGUUUCCCCCCGUGAUACCUUCUUGACCCCAGAAUAUCUGCCGUAUUGCACCCUCAAGAGCUAGCGCUAGGGACCUCCGUGGGGGCGGGGAGGGGGUAGGGCUUCUCGCGCUACCCUUAUCAGUAGUGCUUUUCCCUUUUUCACUUGAUCUAUGGCAGGAAGGCCACAGAGGUACUUUGUUUCCUCCCUUUUUAGCUCAGGAAAGUAUGUCAGGCUCAAACCACCGCCCAGGCAACGUGAUGGACACUGAAUCCAUUGUUACGUGACGGUGAUGGCAACGAGAUGGGAAGGAGGGAGAGGGAGAAAAAUGGUGGAAACAAAGGACUGUACAGAAAUGAUUUUCUGGCGGGAGGUGAUGGAAGCAGACUGUGCUGCUCUGGCUGUCCUGACCCACCUUGAAGGAGCGUCAUCGGGAAGGCCCGGCGUGAGCCUGUGGGAAGAGCCACCGAGAUGAGACUGACCGAGAGGUGGGGGUUCUGGAGUUGGCAGCAAGGUUAGAGUACUGGCUGUGUCGUGGGGGGGGGUGGGGCAGAAGCGUGAGCCUGAGCCUUUAUAGUGGUUAUUCAGUGGGGCGAGGUGGCAAAGUUUUUCUCAUGGCUUCUCUGAGACCAUCCAACUGAAUUGAGACUUUGGGAUAAAAUGCUACUUUUGGUGUGAUGUUUUUAUUUCAAAGUUAUGAGAAAAAAAGUCAAUAAAAUUAUCAGAGUAACCAGAACGUUGUGUUUUUUUAGAAGUUGUAAACAUGCCGAGCGCCCAGCCUUCGGGCAGAAGGUAGUGUUCCUUUUGCUCCUAGAUGGCAUGCUAAAAUUGUAGCCUAGAAACAGGUGGGUUGAGGGUGGCCACAAGAGGGCGCCAUGCCCCAUGGAAUGGCCAGGGCAGCUGGGGCACAAAGCUUAGUAUCUGGCCGGGAAGGAAGUUUUAAUACAUUUAGUGAAACUCUACUUUUCUACCAAUUGUGGGAGAGAAAGACGACUCCUUGAAGAACACCUCAUAGUUUAGGUCAGCUACUCCAUAGCAUCCAAGCACUGACUCGUUUGUAAAUUGUGAGAGCUGCCAUUCAAAAAUCAUUCCCUUGUUCCUUUGUAACAUCAGACUCAGCUGCUGCUUGAGAUGGAAUGUUGUUGUGUUGCAAGUUUGAUGCUCCUGAUAAAACUGGGAUGGGGAGGUAGGGCUACUUGGUGUUUCUAACUUCUUAGCAUUCCUAUACUACGCAUUGGAGGUUUUUAACAAGGACACUUAAGCGACUGAAAUUUAAGUUAGCAUUUUGACAGAUUAAGCCUCAAGGCUAAAGACUUGUGGUUUUCAAAUUUUUAAAUGGAGCAAUCUGUUUUUCAAGUGAAAUCUUAUGUGGAGCCUCAGAUACAAGAGCUCUUCUCGUUGAAACAGGGAGGGGAUAGUCUCCCCAGGGACACCCUCAUAACUAGUGGGGAUAGAAAGUUCUAGCCUGAAGGUAGGCUUCUUAGUUAUGUUCACUGCCCAGAUGGAUGAAAUCAGUGUUCCCAAAGUGAACAAGUCAAAUGCUUACUAGGGGCCUCCCCUGGGGGCGCAGCGGUUGAGAGCUGGGCUGCGAAGCUGCCCACGGCCUCUGCAGUGCCGGUUCGAUCCUCAGCUACCGGCGAGGGGCCCACAUGGCGUGACAGACCUCUCCUGCCAUGCCACUGCUCCCAUCAGCAGUGUUUCGUCUGUCUGCCUGUUCUGCUCCCCUCUCUGGCUUUGUUGAAUUCUUUCACCCUCCCGCGCUUCUGACUGUACCCAGUGCUU